GAUUUAUAUUUCUGUCACCUCAACCUCAACCUUCUCACCAAGAGUCACCCUCCUUGGUUCCUCCCUAUACAAUUAUUGUGAUAUAAAAUAUUGAUAAACUAUUCAAUAUCUGAGAUUGCAAUUUCAGUGCAAAUUCAGUGAAAACAACGAAGGAUUGCAAAUCUGUGAUCCAAAUCUCCGAGAAUGUCGCUUAUAUAAAGCUCCAAUCCUUGCAUUUUUGGAGAUAAUCUUACAGAAACAAUCAAGCUGAUUCGAGCUUGAUCUUUAGAUUUGAGAACUCUGAGUUGAAGGUUCUUUUGAGUUUCAACAAAAUAAAUCAACAAUGGCUUUAAACGGGCAAACCAACAAAGCCCCACCAAGUCCAUCUCCACUGAGAAGUGCCAAAUUUUUCCAGGCUAACAUGAGGAUUUUGGUUACUGGAGGAGCUGGGUUUAUUGGCUCUCACCUGGUGGACCGAUUGAUGGAAAAUGAGAAGAAUGAGGUGAUUGUUGCGGAUAACUUCUUUACUGGAUCAAAGGACAACCUAAAGAAAUGGAUUGGCCAUCCAAGAUUUGAGCUUAUUCGUCAUGAUGUCACUGAGCCAUUGUUAAUUGAAGCUGAUCAGAUAUAUCAUCUUGCCUGCCCUGCUUCUCCUAUUUUCUACAAAUACAAUCCCGUGAAGACAAUAAAGACGAACGUGAUGGGGACACUGAACAUGUUGGGACUUGCCAAGCGAGUUGGAGCAAGGAUUUUACUUACAUCAACUUCUGAGGUUUAUGGAGAUCCUCUUGUGCAUCCCCAGACUGAGAGCUACUGGGGCAAUGUUAACCCGAUAGGUGUUAGGAGUUGUUAUGACGAGGGAAAGCGUGUGGCUGAAACUUUGAUGUUUGAUUACCAUAGGCAGCAUGGCAUAGAAAUUCGGAUUGCUAGAAUUUUCAAUACGUAUGGACCUCGCAUGAACAUUGAUGAUGGACGUGUUGUCAGCAAUUUCAUAGCUCAAGCAAUCCGUGAUGAGCCCUUGACUGUACAAUUGCCCGGAACACAGACCAGGAGCUUCUGUUAUGUCUCUGACAUGGUUGACGGCCUUAUUCGACUUAUGGAAGGAGAUAACACUGGCCCAAUUAACAUUGGCAAUCCAGGUGAAUUUACCAUGCUUGAACUUGCUGAGACUGUGAAGGAGCUCAUCAAUCCUAAUGUGAAGAUCAUAACCGUGGAGAACACGCCGGACGAUCCCCGCCAGAGAAAGCCUGACAUCGCCAAGGCGAAGGAGUUGUUGGGGUGGGAGCCGAAGGUGAAGCUGCGCGAUGGCAUUCCCCUCAUGGAGGACGACUUCCGUCAGCGGCUUUGUGUGCCUAGGAAGGCCUGAGACGUUGGCAAUGGUGUUGUUUUGCUAGUGAAGUUAGAGUCCUCCACAAUGAUGAGUAAGUUCCUGCCACAGCCACUGCGCCUGCGCUAGCUAUGUUUGGCCUAAUCAUGGCAACGGUGUCGUGCUAUUUUCCCAGUGAAGUUGCUGCUCUGUGUCUUUGUCCAAUUCUCUUUCCCUUUUGUCUAAUAUGUUAACCAUAUGGAAUAAAUUGUGCAACUACUAUAUUUUCCAGAUGGGAUUAUGCCUUCAUUUAGAAUGUGGCAAUCAUCUUUUCUUCUUA